AUGGUCUGCAUUGGGGGCCUGCAGUUGUUUCCUGGGGUCCUGCCAGGCCCAAAGAUUCUGUUCUCUUCUGCGUUUUCAAAGAUCUGUAUUAGUGGUGGAGAGGUGAAAACAGCGACUCAGGACAAGGAGCUGAUUGGCUCAGGAGGCUCAGGGAGGAGACAGAGCUGGAACCACAGCGCCUUCCCGAGGGUCCCAGGGCCUCUGUCUGGAAGGUUUCCCCAGCGUGUUGUGUUUCUGUUACUAUAUGUGUCGCUAGGUGUGUCUACCCGGGGUUGUGCCACAGCAGGCUCUAGGCGUGUUCCAUCUCGGAGCAACUCGGCCAGGAGGGUGUUUCAUCGCUGUAGGGAAAUUCCAGAGGGUAGAUCCUGCCACAACUGCGUGGCCUCACCCUGCAGCCCAGCAGGGGCCAGUUUCCCUAGUACAAUGGCUCCUGCCGGAUGGAGGGCCAGUGUGGAGGAGGCAGAUCUGGUCUGGCUCACCCUUUUGAGGCGCUGGGCAAUUGUCAUGCAGAAGGGGAGGAAGGAAAACCCGCAGCCAGAAAAACCCUCCGUCCUGACACUUUUCAGAAGCUGGGCCCCAUGUCCACACCACCCACUAACCUCACCAGCAGAAUGCUCCUUUGUAACCGUCCAGAUCGGUACCCGCCUGUCCCUCUGGGCCCUGGCCCUGCCUGUGGUCUUCUAGCAACACCUACCCAGGUGUCUAACAGAAUGCAGGAUCCGGGCGAGCAGGGACUUGGUUUUGCUCACUGCUGUGUCCCCGGUGCCUGGAGAAGCUGCUCGUGUUCAUUAAAAAUUUACUAUG